ACAGUUUCCGGCAGAGUACUCGGAAUUCUCUAAAAUAAUUUCAUUAGAAUGUGCGAUGAACCGUGUCGCCUUUCGGCUCUCAGAACUGCAUACUAUACGAGAUCAUUUUAUUCCCGCUCCUUUCUGGCUUGGACUGCACAGACAUCCAUUGUGUUAAUUUCCUGCUGUCUGUGUGCUGCCCUUUGCCAGUCUUCCACAACCAACGUCGACAGCGUAUUAGCAGCAUCACAGGCAUCUGAAAUGAAGCUAAUUCUGUUUGUACUGUUUGCUACUUGUAACGCCGUAGAAUAUUGGGAAAGAUUUUUCGAACGCAGGCCAGAACUCUCCAAAUACCAAAAUGCCACCAGGUCCAUGGCGGUAACGUCGAAACGUUUUCUGGUGUACCGUACAUAUGAAUUAGACCAGGCUUUUGGAGCAGCAUUCCCUUGCGUCAGCAUUCAGCAAACAAACCAGACGGAGGACAACACAAACGCAAGUACGGUAAUGAGGUUCUACAACACAACUUCUAAAAAUUGGGUCAAGUACACUGUGCCUGCAAAAGCGCUUACAUCCACCAACUAUACCGUUCCGAAUGUGAUUCGAGCCGGUUUCGAGAACAUCAAGACCGCAGAUUCUCCAAUAAUGUUUUCUGAUUACGAGACAUGUGACGUUGUUAGAGCACCCCACACAGGAAAUGCUUCCGACUGCGAACUCUGGGUCGCACAAGAGAACGUUACGAAUUACCCUUCCUGCUGCGAUUUCAUUUAUAAGCUCCUGUGUGCACCACAGAAGUUCCAGAUAUACUACGAGAAUUGCACAGAAGAUUCCGUACCAACACUUUAGCAGAUAUACAUUGAUGACCAAGAUUUCCAUUUACUUGUUGGAGGCUUUUUCAUUGUCCUACGUUAUUCACUUCUGUGGUGUGAGCCGCGGAUGAAUAAACGUUGGUAAACAUGUGCUACAUGCUUGCUCAAACAAAUAAUAAAUAGACAUGCGGCAACAGCAUGUCACGAGCUUC